CAUUUUUUCGUCGCUCGUGGGGUGACUCAGCAGGCAGCCCCUUCGACCCGACGCACAUACACGCACACGUCCACAGCUACACUUUGGAUGCGCUGGUCGGUGGUAGUGGUGGCAUGGGUCGCCGUGUUCGACCUCCCGACAACGUCCGCGACCGUGUGGCAAGGCAACAUCGUCGGAAACGGCACGUGCCACAUCAAUCGGCUGUGCAAUGUGUCGGCGCCGACGUUGACGACCAAAUGCGCGGGAGUCGAGUUUGACCAAGCGAAUUGGGUCAAACCCGACGACGUCACGUGCGUGUGGUUUCCGAACGGCACGGUGUGGCGCGGCAUGAAUCGGACGCGGUAUUCGCCAUUUGUCGGGUCUGACACGCGCAACGUCAAGAACGAAAUCCGCGGCGGCAUCCAUGUCUCGAUCGUGGAAUCGUGGCCCAACUCGGCGCAUCUCCUCAUCUUGAACAACCUUGGCAUCGACACCAUUCCAGACGACUCGUCCGUCGACGCGAAUGGAGUGGAGCUCCUCGCGCUCCAAAUCCAACUCGACGGGAACAACCUGACCAAGUUUGACUCAAAGCUCAGCGCAUGGACAAAGGAGCUGGUCGUCCCGAACAACCGCAUUCAACUGGUCAACUUGACGCGAACGAAUCUUGGCCUGGUGUACCUUCAAAACAACUCCAUCUCGGAUACAGUCAUGGAGCGAGCCGACCUGCCACGUUCCCUCACGGAACUAUCGUUGGCCGGCAACAACUUGACCAUGCGAUCGUUGUCGUGGCUGCCCCCUGGGCUCAAAACGCUGCUCCUCGACAACAACACGAUUACGACCCUGCCGCCACUUGCGUCGUGGCCAGCGUCGUUGACGAACCUGUCGUUGCAACACAACGCGCUGACGGAACUCACGGCCAACUUUCCCGCGAAUUUAUCGUGGCUGUGCCUCGGCGGCAAUCCGAUCCAGACAGUGUACGCGAACGCGUCGCAGUUUGACCUGCUCUCGCGGCUCAGCAACACCGCCCCCACGUCCCUCGUCUCGACUGUUCCGCUCCACAGCGACGACUUGUGCCACAACAUUUUCUCCACCGUCCCCUCCAACGCGUCCUGCCACGGGCACGUCCGGACAGAGCUCUUGUUUGGCACGUUUCCUAUCUGCAUCUUACCAGACAGCAGGGCGGCGCCAGAGACAACAUUGCCGCCGCCGUCCGUGGUCGCGAUAGUCGCCCACACCACGUCGACGCUCACGGCGUGGUCGAUCGCGUUGGUUGCGCUUGGGACUGUCGGCGCGAUCGCUGUAGUCAUUUGCGUCGUUGUGUGCUGCCGGCGACGUCGCCAGAGGCUGUACGUCCCUCCGUCGCCGAAAAUUCCGUGGUACGAUGAACAGCACGACGUCCGCCUGUCGCCCGUCACGUGUCGGCUCCACUUGGACGUUCGAUUUGAAGACCAGUUUCUGCCGUUCCGCAUCCCGGCCACGGCGAUCGAGCGGCGCCGCGUCGUUGCGCGCGGUGGGUUUGGCAUUGUGUACGAAGCGCUGUGGUCGCAAUCGACGGACCCGCUCGUGCAAGUCCCUGUCGCCCUCAAGCGGCUGCUUCCGACCCACGUCGACGAUGCAGCGAUUGUUGACGACUUUAUGCACGAGAUCCGAGUGUACUCGACGCUCGACCACCCCAACAUCGUCCACUUUUAUGGCAUCGCAUGGACCAACAUCUCCAACUUGGCCAUCGUGAUGGAGUUCAUGCCGCGGGGCGACGUCUGGUCGUUGCUGUUGAACGCGCCGCCGACGCCAUGGCACAUGCCCCUCGGCCCUUCGCCCCACACGUCCAAGUACUCGAUCGCGAUCGAUGUCCUCCACGCCCUCGUGUACCUCCACUCGCGUCAAGUCAUCCAUCGUGACAUCAAGGCCAGGAACGUUCUGCUUAGUGAAACCAUGGAGAGCAAACUGACCGACUUUGGCACGAGUCGCGGGCGCCUCGACCUCACCAUGACAGCCGAGAUCGGGACCGCGGCAUGGAUAGCGCCUGAAGUCCUCAAAGGCGUCCGGUACACGGAGCAGGCCGACAUUUACUCGUUCGGCGUGCUGCUGUCCGAGCUGGACACGGUCAUGAUGCCGUACGCAGACCUGUGCAACCAAGACAAGAACGCAAGUGUGAGCAUGACUCGCACCCGCAUUGCGGUCCUCGUUAUCAACGGAGACAUUGCGCCGUCGUUUCAAGUGGCGAGUCCGAUUCGCCUUGUCGCGUCGCAGUGCCUUCGGUACAAUCCCGACGAACGGCCAACAGCCCAACAGGUCCUCGACAUGCUUUGCAACAUGCAAACCAACUCGACGCGCCUGUGGCAGCCAUCCAACGCGCCGGAACGUACCAAGUAGAGGGCGGAAGAGGGGUUUGCCGUCUUGCAUGACGCUUCCAUGUCGUUAUUUAAUCUCAAAGCCAUCUCGCUCGCCUGUUUCUGGCUGCGUGCCAUGUU